GCCGGCUUGGAUUUUUAUAUAUAAAGGUUGAUUCGACGCCAAACGGCUUUAGUCACAAGACGACUCAACACGGGGUAGGUGUUUUGGUUUAUCAAUUGUAGGACCAACUCAUAACGCACCACCACCAUGUGUGACGACGAGGAUCAGGUAGCACUGGUGUGCGACAAUGGCUCCGGCAUGGUCAAGGCUGGCUUCGCCGGUGACGACGCUCCCCGCGCCGUCUUCCCCUCCAUCGUCGGCCGCGCCCGUCACCAGGGUGUGAUGGUCGGUAUGGGUCAGAAGGACGCCUACGUCGGUGAUGAGGCCCAGAGCAAGCGAGGUAUCCUCACUCUCAAGUACCCCAUCGAGCACGGCAUCAUUACCAACUGGGACGACAUGGAAAAGAUCUGGUACCACACCUUCUACAAUGAGCUCCGUGUUGCCCCUGAGGAGUCCCCCACAAUGUUGACUGAGGCUCCCCUCAACCCCAAGGCCAACCGUGAGAAGAUGACACAGAUCAUGUUUGAGUCCUUCACCAUGCCUGCCAUGUACGUGACCAUCCAGGCCGUGCUGUCCCUGUACGCCUCUGGUCGUACCACUGGUCUGGUGUGUGACUCUGGUGAUGGUGUUUCUCACAUGGUCCCCGUCUAUGAAGGUUUUGCUCUCCCUCAUGCCAUCCUUCGUCUUGACCUGGCUGGUCGUGACCUGACCAACUACCUCAUGAAGAUCAUGACUGAGCGUGGCUACUCCUUCACCACCACUGCUGAGCGUGAGAUCGUUCGUGACAUCAAGGAGAAACUUUGCUACAUCGCCCUCGACUUUGAGAAUGAGAUGAAUGUUGCUGCUGCUUCCUCAUCCCUGGACAAGUCCUACGAACUUCCUGACGGUCAGGUCAUCACCAUCGGCAACGAGCGUUUCCGUGCUCCUGAGGCUCUCUUCCAGCCUUCCUUCCUGGGUAUGGAAUCUGCUGGUGUUCACGAGACUGUACACAGCUCCAUCAUGAGGUGCGAUAUUGACAUUAGGAAGGACCUGUUCGCCAACGUUGUCAUGUCUGGUGGUACCACCAUGUACCCCGGUAUUGCUGACCGCAUGCAGAAGGAAAUCACUGCUCUGGCUCCCUCCACCAUCAAGAUCAAGAUCAUUGCGCCUCCCGAGCGUAAGUACUCUGUAUGGAUCGGUGGCUCCAUCCUGGCUUCUCUGUCCACCUUCCAGACCAUGUGGAUCACCAAGGAGGAGUACGACGAGUCCGGCCCCGGCAUUGUCCACCGCAAGUGCUUCUAAAUUCCAUAUGCAUUAUUUUGAUAUAUUUUAUGUACUCCUCAUUUCUGAGAGACACGUGAAGUAUACUUGAGAACUGUGUACAACUACUGUGAAAUGUAUGAUUGGUUAAUAAAAAAAAAGUACUAUUGA